UUCUUACCACUGAAAAAGACAGGCCACCAGAAUGACUUGGCAGUCUCUGGUGGAGAAUAAGAAUACAUUUAUUUUGGCUUCUUGCAGGAGAUGACACCACAGCAUUCAGACUGUUUUGUUCACUCUGUGACAUUGCAGAAUUCUGGGGCAGCUGAAAGUUGAUUGGGAAAGAAAACAGAAAACCAAACAACUGUUUGAGAAGCAAGGUUCGUGUCAAAACAGAAUUCUGAUCAUGUCAAAAUUCAGAAUUUUGAUCAUGUCAACACCAGAGUUCUUGGGCAGUGUGUGGGGUUUGAGCCAUUGUCCACAGAGAAGCUGGAGCUGCACCUGUACAGCUUUGGGGGCUGAGCAGAACCCCUGGCCCAGGUGUGAGCCCCUGAAGCUGGAAGUGACUGAAGCAGUUUCAGGAGCUGCUUUAGCUGUGCCUGCCUGCACUGCAGUGCUGAAUGCCAGUGUUUCAGGAAAGGUGCUGGAGUUCAGAAAGAAGCAGCAGUGGGCUCAGGCUGAGUAGGAGAUAACAAUGAGCUCCUGAUGGCUCUGAUUCCUCCUCAGAACAGGGCACUGCUUUGGGCUCAGUGGGGUUAACUUUAUCCCAGUGUCUGCCUGGGGCUGUGUUUUGGGUUUGUGCUGGGCACAGUGAGGAUCUUACAGAGAUGAUUUUGUCACUGCUGGGCAGGGCAGGCACAGAGCUGAGGCCUUUUCUGCUGGGGAGGGGCUGGGGGUUUUUGGUUUCUCUGGGUCUGCAUUGAAGGCACUUGAGAUGAUAGUUCAUGUUCAGACUCAGGUGUUUAUUGUUUCUUAUCAAUGAAACAGCCUCACAACCCUGAGUUCUGCAGCCCUUCAUUAGCAAGGCACAAAAUGGCCAACUAUCUCUUGUUACAAGGUCUUUUAAGGCUAAACUAUCCAAUUAAGAAAUGACACCUAGAUUAUUUUCCCUUUUAACCCAGUACCUGAUCCCUCAAAGCCUGCAAUGUGGACUUUCCUGUCCAGUUCCAAAAUACCACCCAAACCCAUGAAGAAGGUAAAGAAGAACAACCAGUCUCCACCCUAAAACCUCCAUCUUUCUUCAUAUUUAUUUCUGUAUUCUAAAACCCCAAACUCUUAAAGUUUUCCACCCUGUGAUAUUGCACACUUCUAAUCAACUACACACCCAUAAUUCCAAUUCUCUGUUCUGCUCUCCUGUUCUGCUUUUCUGCUCUACUCCCUGCUGCCACCAGCUCUGAUGUCACUUUGGACAAGGCUCUCUUGGAGAGUACCCACACAUGGAGCUAUUCCUGCCUGACAAAAAUAAUACCAAAAUCCUUGUUUAGCUCCUGCUCCUUCAGGACUUCGAGUCCUUCACAACUUGUUCAGUUUAGCUCUAAGCCAAAAAUAGAUUUACUACAUGUAAGUAAGCAAAAAUAUGCUUAGAAGAACAUUUGCAGUAGUUGGGAGUUUGGUUUCCUGUAUUUGUGAGACCAUCAUUAACUGCUUUGACAAAAGGAGGAAGUUAAUUAAAGAUAAUCAUUGCCAAUGAUGAUGAUGAUGGUGGUAAUGAUGAUAGAGAAAAAUAAUCAGCAUAUUGGAGGCAAAUUAUUUGACAACAGUCUGUAUUAAAGAAUGUGUUAAGAAUAUUUCCCGACUGGCUGAGGAGAAAAAAUGUUGUAGAAAUAAAAUAGUGUUUUGUUUUCCUCCAUAAACAGAGUCAUUUCUGAGACGCUGUUCUGGUUCUGUUUUGGGUGGUUGGAUGCCUAAGGCUGGAGGAAAGGAGGAAGGGGAACUCACACUGCAGUGAGAAACACAAUGCAUGAUUUCUUUUAGAUAUUCUUUGGAGUGUUUGGGAAGGAGAGAACUUUUGAGAAUGUUGAUUUCUCAUUUUUGGAGUAUUUGAAAAGGAGAGCACUUCUGAAAAUGCUGAUUUCUCAUUUUGGCUGAGCAAAAAUCUAGGAAGGAAAGCACCUUCCAGUAUAUUUCAGAUGCCAGUGCUUCAGGACAGGGGCCUGGCAGAGAGGGGAGUGCUGAGGCUCAGCCUCAGCGCCCUGCUGCAGCUGCUGGGGUUUGUGUGGGGAUGAAAGGGUGAAAUGUCCCCUUGUCACUGCUGCUGCUCAUCAUCCAGGGCACACCAAGGGACAGCACACCACACUUUGCAUUCCUGGCACCUCUUUGCUGUGCCCCACCAGGGGAAUUGGCAGAAUGGAGUGCAAACCAUUCUGAGCCUUGCAGUCACAGGGGAAAGUCAGACUGAGUCAGUUUGGAAUCUCUGCUGCAGGAAAUAUUUUCCCGAGGAAGUCUCAGGAAAAUAAAUGCACAGAGAACAUAAAUGCAGCCAGAUAAGAUCACCUACAGAGCUGAGGCAAGUGCCUGGACAUUUACCUGCCUGUGCAUUAUGGAGGUACAAUACACCUUAUUCAACACUUUUUUUUUUAUUUACAGACAUAAUUUCCUUUCCUGAUUCCUGACAAGCAUGGCAGGAGCACACACGUGUCCCUGUACUGCUUCAAGCAAAGAUUUUGUUUUCAGGAGCUGUGACAAGCUCAGUGUGGUAUCUUACCCUUCCUAAAGGCUUUCUGAUUAAUGUAUUUAGCAAAUCAUUUGAAAGUAUAUGUGGUCUUGAGACACUAAAAUUAUCAUAUUUUCACCACUAUCAUCUUGUUUUUGCAAGGAAGAAUAAUACCACAUUGGAGAUUUUGAAACAUGAUACAUGAAUGCAUCUUAAGCAUAAAUGCCCUAGACCUAAAAUGAUGAUUUUUCUCUUUUUGUUGGUUAUAUCAUGGCUGGAAAUCAGUCUGGCCAAGUUCUUGUGUUUAAAACAAGCAAAUGUCCUGUAUUCAACAUAUCUCACAAGUAGUAGUAUGCAAUGAACAUAAAGCAAAUGCCAACAUGUGUUAGGUGUUUUUUCCCAAGAGUUAAAAAUGUGAGAAAGAGCAGAUCAAAAAUUAUGAUGUACAAAAUUGUGGCUGUUUAAGCUAAAAAAAAAAAUCCAAGCAAACUAUUUUUAAGGAAAAGUAAACAUAACAACUUCUCAUAUUGAAAUGAAGCUCUUCCCUGUUUCUUCCAGUGUAUUUGUGAAACAAAUGUAGAGCUCCUUGUUUUGGAAAGGAGAGAAAAAAAAAAUCUACCCUACCCCUAAUAAUUUCCAGCACAGACUGAAAAGCAGAAUUACUGAGCUACAGUUUCUAGAUUUCCUCACUUUAUACAGCGAGCAAUGAGAAGAGGAACAACAACAGCAAAAUGUAAAAUUCUGAAAAAAACUUUGGAAAAGACAAUAGCCAAAAUUUCAAAUAUGGAUGGAGGCAGAAGCAGGUUUUAAUUGCACCAUUGUUAGAGAAAAACUGCAGAAAAUCUUGUCAGGUUGCAAUUCAUUGUCGUCUUGUCUGUCACCUUUUGUUGCCAGGCUCAGAAAUGAGGUAGUUAAGAGAAGUUUUUGCAUAACAGUUGUAAAAUAUUGUCACUAACCCACCCCCACACACCCAUUUUAUUUCACACUGACAAAAGCUGAGAUGAAUGAGUUGUCUGGCCCUUCCCACUUUGUAUAGUCAUUGGCUGGCUUGGUUCUAAAAGGGAUUUUAAAAAGGGGAAUAAUGUGCCUUUGCCCAGGAUCUGAGGCUGUCAGGGUGCUGAAAAGCUGAUCUGUGACCAUGCAGAUCCCUUGGGCUGUGUGUGCUGUCUGUGUCCUGACACAAAUCACACUUCACUCUGUGCAAGGCUGGCAGAUGUUUAAAAAUGAUGCUACAGAAAUCAUUCCUGAGAUCACUGAAAAUCCAGAAACGCCAAUGGAGCCGACUUUCAGCAACAACAACACCAUGAAUCAGGCAAAACAUGGAGGAAGACACAUACAGCAAACUCCAGACCUCAGCGAUGCCGCCUUCAGCUGCCGGGAGGUGCGCACCACGCGGUUCCUGACGGACGGGCCGUGCCGCAGCCUGAAGCCGGUGAAGGAGCUGCUGUGCUCGGGCCAGUGCGAGCCCUCGCACCUCCUGCCCAACUCCAUCGGCCGCGGCAAGUGGUGGCGGCAGAACGCGCUGGAUUUCCGCUGCAUCCCCGCGCACAGCCGCACCCAGCGCGUCCUCAUGGCCUGUCCCCAGCAGGAAACGCGGACUUACAAAUUCCGAGCGGCCACCUCCUGCAAGUGCAAGCGCUACACUCGCUACCACAACCAGUCCGAGCUCAAGGACUUCGGCAAGGACAGCGCCCGGCCCCAGAAGAACAAGAAGCCGCACCUGGCCAGAGCCAGGAGCGGUAAAUCCAACCAGCACGAGCUGGAAAAUGCGUAUUAGGAAGGAGGCGGCUCUGGGUGGGACGGACUGGCGCUGCGGAUGUUUGUUAAACCAUCAAAAGGCACUCAGAGGUCACAGCGUGAUGUUCUGACUGCAGUAGGUUCCAAUUCCUUCUGCUAAGCUGGGUCAAAGGCUCACAUAGGCAAAAAAUCGGUCAGGUUGUAGCACUUGUGGUGUGGUGAGAGAGUGGGGUAAAGGCGGCUGGAGGCACCUGUCACUGUAUGGCAUGGGAAAACACGACAGGGACACGCGGCUCUCUCAAGGCAAAAAGAGAAUUUUUCAUUCCUGAUUCCAGCAUUUAUAGAUUUCCAAAAGUGGCAGUGGAUUGGGGGGUGACAGUGCCACCUCUCCAAUGACACUGGACAAACCAACAGUCCAUCACAUUUCUCCUCCUCCAUAAAAGAAUGCAAAGCAAUGAGUUAUUUACAGAAAGUGUGUGAGAAAGUUCAUUACAAGAAUGUAAACAACAGAAGACUUAGAAAAUCUUAAAAAAUCAGGGUGACAGGCACCCCUUGAGGUCCAUGGCAGUUUGUGUGUCCUGGACGAGCAGGGAGGCAAAGUGAAGCUGUUGUGGGGACAAUCACACUUUGCUUUAUUCCACUCAUUUAUGGGAAAAGAAUCCUGAGGUCCCUUCCCCAGACAAGGAUGCAGGACAAGGCUGCAAUUAGGGAAGCACCAGGACAGUCUCUGAAGGAGCCUUAGAAAGUUUGGGGCAGCAGGGAUUUCAAGUUCUGGUGGAUGAAGUCAAAUUGUUGGGAAAUGAACACAUGAUCAGAUGUCCUCAUGCACCAGUGUUUCCUCUCAAAUCAAAAUGUGACACUAGUAGAAGUAAAAGUGUGACAAAUCCAUUUCAUAAUUUUAAUUAAAAGAUUAUGGGGUCGACAAAUUCAAAACUGAGAUUUGGCAACUAAAAUCAUGUUGAUUUAGGAACAAUGAUUUGCUUUAGGGACAAUUCAACAAAUUCUCCUAAGUGGAGCAGAUUUAUGAAGAAGAUGCUCCUCUCAAACCAGAUAACCUCACUGAUGUUUGUCCUGCAAACAGCUAACACUAUUUAACAUAGAGUACAUAGAAUAUACUGAUUAUUCCUUAUUUGUAGAACACGUUUGACUUUAAUAUCAGCUUAGAUACAUCCAUUUACAUUUUCUGUUCUGUAGAGUUUGGAGUCUCUGGCCACACACUCUGCAGCACUAAAACUGUGCAAACCAAGCUCUGGGAGUAAGGUGCUGGUUCUGCAUUAAAAGUGAGCCUCUGCUAAGUCAUGGAUUCCUCUAGAAAAGUCUUUAGGACGUGCAGCUUUGAUAAGUCUUUAGUUUGGCAGCAACUUUCCUUUACUUAGCUUCUCAACACUCAGACUAAUGGUUGUGUUUUUACAUUAAAGGAUAUU